UAAGAAAUGAGGCUCACGUUGCAUGGGUGACAUCACUAGCUUUUGGCUAGGUGCUCUGUAUGCUCUGGCUGUAGGCUUCAGCCCAGGCUGCGGGGCGGUGGAUUGGAAGAAGGCAAAAUUCUCAGGUGGAUAGAAAGCCUUGGAGUCGCUCUGAUCUGGGUUAGGAGGACGGGGAAUUAGGAUAUAUACAUACAUACACACACACACACACUCCCACCGCUGCCACUACCUCGCAGGCAAGACAAUGCCAUUUCCAAGGUUCCAGGACCCUCCAGAUCUCCUUCAGCCGCUUCCGCUCUCGGCGAGAUGGGUGAGUUAUUCCCGCUAGAGAGGAAAGGGGGAUGGAAGGUCCAAGCCCGCAAAAUGUCUGAAGACCCGGCGCUACUGCUGAUGGCGGGGUUGCGCCUCGGAGGAAGCUGCUAAGGCCGGGAGGAGGAAGAUCUCGGCGGCCCUUGGCUGGGGAUCGGGCCGUGUGGCAGGGGAAUGGUGCAGACCGCGAGCUAUUGACCGCCGCCGGAGGCUGCUUCUUCGCGCCCUUCCCCCCUCGGCUUGGGCCGGCUUGAUUGAUCCCCCCCUCCCCCCCCACCCCGACUUACCAGCGUUUCAAUCAGGCUGUAGCCCCGCCUUCGAUUUGCAGGGGAACGCGUGCCUGUAUUUAUCUGGCUAUAUUGGCCAAGCUUGCUCGCCAGAAAGCGGAAACUCUGGUGCAAAAAAGCGGGGGAGGGGGAGCGGCUUUGCGAUCGCAGGAGGAGGAGGAGGAGGGGAAAGAGAAGGGGGAAAACACAAACCACCCCACCACAAAAGAUUCCGGACUCUGGGUCUUGCGAAAGGCAGCUCAGAUCUCCCACGGUGUCCGGGUCACGGGUGCCCCUCUUUCUCCCCCCCGCCCCGGCUCAGCCGCCUGCUGCUAGUGCCACACGGAGCAAAGCAGGAGAAAGCGGCUGCCGUCGGAGGGCUUGAUUUUUCCAUCUUGAUUUCUGCCUUCGGUGAGAGGAGAGCCCCUCCGCUCACCCCUUCGUAGCCUGGCGUGCUGGAUCUCUCUCCCGUCGCUUCCCUCCUGACGUUGCCUUGAUCACGGGAGCAGACAACAAAACAAACGCUUGCUGGAUCCCUUGGCCAGAGAGGCAGCGACCAAGAUGUCAGUCCCUUGCAGCAAAGGAGCGAGCCCGGGUGGACUCCGGCGUUAGAAGAGGGCAGGGCUUUUGUUUCCAUCGGCUGCUCCGGAUUGCAAGCGACGAAGGGCAGCUGUGCUUCUGCGACGUCGUUCCCCCACCCGAUCUGGAAAGCCAGCCAGCAAUCAACCGUGUCCAGAAUUCUUGCAACAUCAUCAUUAUCCUAACAGCCCUCCUUCCAGCUUCUCCCAGGGUUUGGCGGCAAUAUCAUUGUCUGCUGGGAAGCUCGAGAUUGCAAGGUUCUUGGAUGGGGCCCCUUCCAUGGCUGAGCUAGAUCUCAAAAGCCACUCCUCUGGCAUUUCUGAAUAAGUCUCUGCAAGAGCUGGAUGGACUGAUCCAGAUGGCCAGGCACAAGGAAGGGAUGCUUCUUUCCCAUUGACUUCAAAUUCUGGCCAGUUUCGGACACAUUUGCCUUGCCUGGCCCCAUAUUGAUUGAAGUGGAAGCCUCAACAUCUCUGGCCAUUUUGCUGCCCCCUUGGUCCACAGGAAAAGUGAAUGAGUGCCCAGGCUUCUUUACUUCUGGGGCAGAAGUUGCUUUUUCCUCCCCUAGAGCUUGAUGGAUCUCCAUCUGCUUGCAUGUGAUCACUGAAGGAAGGCACUGCCCUGCGAGACCAGUCCAGGAGCUGGGCUCACCGGAGAUCAGGCUGAAGGGAUUUGCUUCCCCGUGAAGAUGCCCAUGGUGUGUCUGUGAAGCUAAGGUAUGGCUGCCGGAAGGUUACUGCUCUAUGCUGGUCUCUCUUUAGCAUUGUGUGCUCUCGGCAUGCUAGCGGUGGCAAUCUGUUCUGACCAUUGGUAUGAGACUGAUGCCAGGAAGCACAGGGAGCGGUGCAAAAGCAUCACGACCCGGAGGAAUGACCCUGGCUUCAUUUAUAACUCAAACAAUAACCUGCCGCUCAGGGCCAGCAGGUCUAGGCUGGACCGGUGGGAAGGGAAACUGCUCUUGGCGAGAAACAGGAGGCAGCUCUUUGCCAUGAGUGCUGUUGAUGAGUGCAACAGACAGUACAACUCUACUAACAUGGGGCUCUGGAGGAAGUGCCAUCGGCUGGGCUUUGACCAAGACCUGGAGGAACUCAUUGCAAAAGGAGCAAUUGACCAGUGUUCAUACAUCAAGUACCACUACUCCUCAGCAACAAUUCCCAAGAACCUCACCUACAACAUCACAAAGACCAUCCGCCAGGAUGAGUGGCAUGCCCUGCACUUGCGCAGAAUGACAGCCGGUUUCAUGGGCAUGGCUGUAGCCAUCAUCCUCUUCGGAUGGAUUAUCGGGGUGCUGGGCUGCUGCUGGGAUCGAGGCCUUAUGCAGUAUGUGGCAGGACUUCUUUUCCUCAUGGGAGGAACCUUCUGCAUCAUUUCACUGUGCACAUGUGUGGCUGGAAUCAACUUCGAGCUCUCCCGAUACCCCCGCUAUCUGUACGGACUUCCCGACGACAUCAGCCACGGCUACGGCUGGUCGAUGUUUUGUGCGUGGGGGGGCUUGGGUCUCACUCUGAUCUCCGGCUUCUUCUGCACCUUGGCCCCUUCCGUCCAACCUGUCCCCAGGACCAACUGCCCCAAAUCAAGACCUGAGAAUGGGACAGUGUGCUAAAAAUAAAUACAAACAAAUCUAUAAAUAUACAUAUUAUAUAUAUACAUAAACAUAUAUUCUAUAUAGAUCUCAAACGGAUGCCAGUGCCAAGGUAGAGUGGAGUCCAGUAUGGCGCCUACAUCUCCACAGACUUUGUGUUGCUCUUGUUCUUUCUCCUGGAGGUGGGAAUACCUUUUCUGCAGCAUUGUUCUUCCAUCCUAGUUCUUAAAAAAUCUUCAGCAUCCCAAGUGAACAUAUUGUCGCAUCUGUCUACUGCCAGUUGGGUGGGGAUGUGGUGGGGAGGGGAAAAGGGAUGUAUUGGUGUAUGUGAUACUGAGUCCACAGGAAGCUAAACAAUACAAACUCAUCUGUUGCAAAUUGGGGAAACACAAACAACAAACAAAGGGGGGGGGAAUCAAACAUGUGAGUUACCUCUCUAAAAUGUAACCUCCUCGAGGCCAUCUUCAGAAUCCCCUUUCUGCACACUCUUCUCUUUUUAAAAAACAAGUCCUGCCUGUUAUCUUUCUCUGAAAAAUAAGGGAAUGAAAGAGAACUUUUUAGAAGGUUUCCUUUCCUUGCUAAACUUUAAUCAGCAACAACAUUAAUCAAGGAUCUGACUCAACAGAGCUGCAAACAAGGACGCUUCGGCGGAUGCUCCAGUGAUGCCAUUUUAAACUUCCAGCUGCCUUACACCCAGGCUUAAUGAAGAGGCUGAACUGCUGGCCCAGACACAGAAAGGAGCCUCACCACAAUGCUGUGAUAUGUGUGUGUAUAACUCCCCCCUCCCCUUUUUAAAAAAAUGAAAACCAAUCCAAACAUUGCGGUGUGAGUUCGCUACCAAACCAUCCUCGCUGUGUAUGUGACUUUGAGGCAACAAAACUGGAUAUAUAAGGAAAGGCAUCUGUUCUGAGAUGGUCAGUCUCAUUGGCUGGAUUGUCCUAAGUGUAUUUUCCCCCGCCGUAGAAGAGCAGGAAGUGGUGCCUGUUGGACAGAAGGCAUUGUGGGUAGUGGGGUGUGGGGAGAAUGCCUUGGUGAUUGGUUGAUCCUUGCGGGUGGAUUGUGCAGGAGUUUGGGUGGGGAUUCUGUGGUUGUUGCUGUUGCCAUUUUGUCCGUUCUAGACAACGGGGUAAAAGCCAUUGCGAAGGAGAAGCAAGACAUUCGGAAGGAGUAUAAGUAAUAAGGGAUAAGUGAUGCCUCUUGUUAUGUCCAUGUACAUCAAAAUAAGAUGUCUCAGACUAUGUCAUCAGAAAUGACUCUGUUUCAUUAAAUAUCUCCUUGCACGGGGGGGAUCUCUCCAUGCAUAUGGAGCAGAGGGUUUCGAGGCAGAGAAUGAAAAUCCAUUCCCCAUAAGUUCAAAGCUUCUAUGAUGUGGUUGUGACUCUGCAGCUGGGACUCUCUCUCUCUCUUCCUCUCUUGCUCUCUCGCUCUCCCCCCCACCGCAAUCUGCCUAUUUUUCUUCCCAUCUUCUGGUUUCCUUCCCCCCUCCCCACUUCCCUGCCUCUAUUCAGUGCCUAAUCCCUCCAGUCAUUCAUGCCAAAUUUCCAAGGAUAGACAGUCUCCUGGAUGAUGGUCAAAUACAUAAUGAAAUGAGCAACAUGUCAACCAGAACAAAAUUCCUUUUAUAAAUCUAUAAAGAAAAAUGUGUGGCAUAUAAAACAGCCCCCCCCCCCCGUAUUUUGAACAAGUUAACUAGUAUGAUCUUACUGAGGCACCAAAUGAUUCUAGUGCAGGAAUAGGCAACCUUGAGCAGCUGGGUGUUAUGGGAGUUGUAGAUCGGCCAUAACUGGAGAGCCAAGGUUGCCUAGCCCUGCUCUGGUACUUCAUUUUGGGAUUUCUGUAAAGGUGAGUCUGUGUGCCCAGACCUUUCUCACUUUGAGAGUGACUGCACUGUUCCCCCAUCCCUCCCUGCACAUCACAUCAGCCCAGCAAUCCUAUCCAGUAUGUAAUACACAAUUCAUUCUCAGACAAAGAAUGUAAAAUCAUCUGGCCAAAGGUCAAAAAAGGCUUUUCCUCUUUGACUUUUGAUUAACUGGAGUUGGAUUACCCAUUAGGCUGGGUACACUACAGAGAGGAUGCCAACUAAAACAGAGUCAUUUGCUUUUUUGUUUGUUUUAUAGUUUCAAUUUACACCACCGCCUUUGGGUCCAAAAGAACCUCAAGGCAGGUUCAGCAUGAAACAAAAUACAGUAAAAUCCAUUUCAAACAUUACACCCAAUUAAAAACAGAAUAAAUACAUAAUCACAGCAGAGCAAAGCAACAUGAAGUCAUUCAUUAAUAUCCAAUGUGGAUUGUGUGUUUAUUCACUUCAAGAAAAUGGCGGAGGGUGGAGAUGAGAAAUGACCAUGUUUCCCCACUCAGCUAGAAAGAAAGGUAGAAUACAUGUAUCUUGGCCAGCAUGAGGAAUAUGUAGGAUGCAUUUGGUAUGACAAAACGUUUUGAGAGCAAAGCAGGAUGGAGGAAUAGACAGAGACAACAAAGACUGCAUGCUCAGUUCCUAAAAGGAAUACAUGUGCAUGUGCUUACCUCUUUAUUUGUAUGUUGUGAGAGAAGUGAUUCAAACAUUACAUAUACGAUGUCCCAGAGUCACUCUGUGGUAGGGAAUCCUUUAACAAUGUAAACAAAUAGUGACCACAUUCACAUGUAACACAAAACCAGAGUUAAAAGGGCCAGAGGUUAGCAGACCGUUAUGUCUGAAUGCAGGCCUGGCCCCUGGAACUCUGGUUCCGUUUGGAGAGCAACCUGAGGUUCGAACUGCAAUUUGUACCAUCAAGUUGUAGUGAGUUUCACCACUCCAACUCAAGGUUUUACACAGCCUGCGUUAUGUGCCAGUGCAGAAGCUCAAGCUACGCUAACGCCAACCAGAAUAGAGGGAGGAGAGCAGGUGUGGGGUCGGGGGGAGCGGAACCACGGCUCCUUUGGACCUGCGUUCUACUUUACCUGCAAAUGUGGCUAGUGUCUAUACACUGAUUGCGAUCCUAAGGGUUGAUUGAUCCAUGCCUGUAUAUUACUUGAUUUCUCAUCCCAUGGUUGCCCAGUGUUUGAUCAUGCACAGCUGCAUGUAUGAACUGACUCCAUUGAACAGCAUUAUGCCUGAGGUGACAUCACGUGAUAUGAUUCUUUCUGCCGGGUUAGAUCAGGGCUGCAUAGCUUAAGAUCUCUGUUGGACUCCCAUCAUUCCUGAUUAUUGGCCACUGUGGCUGGGCAUGAUGAGAGUUGUAAUCCAACAACAGCUCAAGAGCAAAGGUUGUGCAGCCCUGGGUUAGAUCCAUGAUGGUUCAGGUUUAAAUGCAAGUAUUGAAGUGAAGAGUGCUGAGGUGUGGACCGGCAUUAAUAGAACAUUCUGUGGAAAUCAGAAGGACUCGCUCCUGUGUAAAACUCUAUAGAACCAAGGAGGUGUGCAAUGCAAUGGUAUGCACAUUUACUUGGAAGUAAAUUCCAUUUUAUGUCAUAGGACUUGCCUCCAGUAAGAGUGCCUAGAGUUGCAAUCUCCAUUACGCUUGUGCAUCUCUGCUGUUCCUGAGUGUGAAUCCUUUCCAUUCCUUCGCACAUGCAGCAUUUAUGUAUGCAUAUCAAGGGAUUUGAGUAGGGUUUUGGAUUGAGGUGCUACAUUACACUGGAAUCAGGUUUUGUGAGUUGGUGGAAGGCUUUUUAGCAAAAAAAAUAGUGUAAGCUUGAUGACAGCAAAUUCCCUUUAACAUAAUUUUGCUACUUUUUCCUCUUGCCAGAAGGUCUCAACUAGCAAUAAAGACUAUACUGUGGAGUAAUAAGAAGCUGGUUUUAUCUGGCUUAUGAUAUAAAGCUGCACUUUCAUCAAAUCGAUGUUGUGUGGCAAUAGAGGGUGUGCGGGAGGAAAAGCUGGAAUCCUCUACAACAAGCCUUUAGAGUGUCUGUAGUUUGGAUGAGCUGAAUUAUUUAUAGCUCUUGGGAGCCUCUAGGAAUCGCAGACACCUAAUUUGAACCAUUACUAUCUUUUUUCCAGUGCAAUUUCCAUCACUUUAGUGUCUUUCUUCGUGGAUUUGUCAUUUGAUCUUUUACAAAUUUGCGUCUCUCUGUUCUGAUAUGAAGUAGUAAAAACCAAGGGACUUUUAAAGAUUGCUCCUGCUGAAGUGAUGUAAAUUACUCUCAAAUAUUAUAAGGUGUGUGUGUGUGUGUGUGUGUGUGUGUGUGUGUGUGUGUGUGUGUGUGUGUGCAGAUGCACACAUGCACUGAGAAUAGCAUUUAAUUUAGCAGUACACAUUAUACAAUAACAUCUGGUGCCUGUAUGAUUCUUCUAAACGGAGUCUGUCAUUCUGCACAUCCACCAAACCUCUUAUUUGAUUUCCUCAAUACGCUGGUGGAAUCAAUACAUUUUUUUGCCAAAGCCAAUUCACAGAAGUGCAAUCUGCUUGUGCGAAUCAGUGUCAUAGGAAGGGCAUAGGUGGUCUAUGUUUGGGUGGCCUGGUGCACCCCUGGUGCGCCCCCCUGUGCCACACACCCCCACGCCCCUUCUAUCUCCGCCCCACACACAACAGCCUCCUUGGUAGAGCAGCCCACUUGCCGGGGUAAGCUGCCUUGCCCCCAUCACUCAGCAGUCCACUGCACAUGCAUGGCGGGCAUUUGAGUGGUCAGCAAGGCAGCCGAGUGCCCUGCCAACCACGCAUGCGCAGCGGCCCACUCAGUGGUGGGAGAAGGGCAGCCUCCCCCAGGCUGAGCUGUCAGUGGAACCACCGCUGCCAAAUGGGGGAAGGGGCACCACCAGAUGUCUGCACCAGCAGCCGUGGAGGAGGGGCGCCACACAGCGGCCCUGCCAGCAGUUACACACAGGUUCUUGGAACCCAUGUGCACAAUUACAGCUCCACCCCUGGUGUGAAUGUGUGAUAGUUGUUAUUUGUGGGCUGGGACUUGGCAUAUCUCUGAUCUGGGGUGUUCAGUCCCAUUUAACAUUCAUGAAAACUAUGGACUUCAAGGAGCCACAGUGACCAGGGCCUGCAUUAGUCAAUUUGGCACCAUCGAUGCAUAGCUAAAAGGUUUCUCUGUACCUCCACACCUGUGCUAGACUGCACACCUGCUCAAUUUAGGCUCCCCCCAGCUGUUUUUGAACUACAACUCCCAUGAUCCCCAGCCACAGUGGCCAAUAGCUAGGGAUCAGUGUUCCCUCUCACAGGGAUUCCCAGAUGUUGUUGACUACCACUCCCAGAACACCCAGCUGCAAUGGCUUUUGCUUGGGGGUUGUGGGAGUUGUAGUCGACAACAUCUGGGAAUCCCUGUUAGAGAGUUAUGGGAAUUGUAGGCCAACAUCUGCAGGAGGGCCGAAGCUGAGCAGCCCUGUGCUAGAGUAUCUAGGCUUUUUGGUUUCUAUCAUCAUCAUCAUCAUCAUCAUCAUCUUGCCCUUCAACAUCAAAGCAGGGUACCCAAGCAGCUAACAGUCCUAACAAUAUUAAAGCAUAAAUCAAUUACAUCCAAUCCAAUGUCAAACAAAAUUAGAAUAUAUAUAGUAUCAAGAUGAGAAACAAAACGAUAAGCUUUGGCAACUCUGGCUUGUUGAGCCCCAGUGGGGCGUGUUCCAUUCUUACCAGGCGCUUCGCCUGAUUGAGCUCUCAGAGAACAUUGGCUCUCCCAGCUCAGGUGGCUGCUGCUACCCAGCCAGGCAUCCUCACACUGGUCCUGGGGCCCACUGCUGUUGGGACCCCCUGCUUUGCCUCUGUAUAGCUUCUGUCUUUCCUUCACUCCCUGCAAUGGAUGAGCAGCAGAAGUGUGGAUUCCAGAGCAAUGUGCUGGGGAAGCACAUUCUUUUCAUUCAGCGGCUGCCCCAUAAAAAGUCUUGCACUAGGUCUCCACCUACUGUUGGGCACUGGUAAGGGCAGCCAAAACAGGCAUAUAUUAUAACUGAAAUAUCACAAUAGUAAACCAAGCUCAUCGGUGUAUUUGUGUAUGUGUAUAUAUGUACAUAGAUGUAUAUAUGUAGAUUUCUGAAGAAUGCGGUUUGUGGUUGUCUAGAGUAGUUUGAAAUCCAUACACAGAUCGGCAGGCAAAAGCCUGAAGGAGCAUUGUAAGUUUCAAAAUGUGUUUUGUGAUGAACGUCUGAUUCCCAACCCCACCACCACCAUGACCAUUUGGACAGUAUUCCACUAUCAAAUCAAAAUUAUCAAAAUUGCCUUAUCGGUCUAUUUCAGGUCGUUAGAGAGGAAUGAUCAGGACUGAACCCAUUUACUCUAGUUCAGUGCUGGGAUAUUCGUAAUGACUCUAGAGCAGGCAUCCCCAAACUGCAGCCCUCCAGAUGUUGCUGAACUACA